ACUUCCCAAAAGGUUUGUCAUGCAGGACUUCAUCAGGGACUUUACUGGCCUUAAUUACCAGGACUUGACUCCAUUCAAUGACCACAUGCUGAUUAAAGUUCUAUGCUGUACAUCUAUGCCUAUGGUCUAACUCUAACCCUAUUCUUUAUAGAUUGAUCUAUAGGCUUUUAAGAUGGUACUUAGCGGUGAUCAAGAUAAAGCUCAGGCCGGCAAGAAGUUGCUAUUUAUACUGCUAGCUGUAGUAGUUGAAGUGACAUUGCUGAUCAAAUUCCCGCUCUUUGUUCUACGACAGCUGUCAACAACAGUUUUCCUGAAACAAGCCUGUCCAUCAGUUAAUGCAAGCCAAGUUGGCCAAGAAUACAUAUUCACAAUGGUAGUUUAUAGCGGCUUGUACAUUGGUCGCUGGUUUGAAACAUUUGUGCUUCACAUUCAUAUCUAUAAAUUUAUCUUUUGUCAAAGCAACAUAACUUUUGGGUCAUUCUUAAAAAACUGCAAAAACGGGAGCUGUAAAGCAAACAUUACACUGUUUAUAACAGCUUUUGUACUUUCCUUAUCAUCUAUAGCUAUACCGAUUCUUGGGACUAUCCUUGAAGUAAAAAAUGGGGAAGAUUCUUCUUCAAGUUGUAACAGCUAUAUUUACGAACAUCAUUUGAUCUAUUGGGGUCUGGACAUAAUACGUUACAUACAUGAUGUUGUUAUUCGCUUAUUGCUACUUGUAUCAGUGGUUGGCAUAAAAGUGAUUUGGUCUGAAGGCAAGGAAAAGGCAGGCAAGAAACUAGAAUCUGAAACAAGAGAGCCCACCACUUAUCUAGAAUAUUCGCUGCGAGAUUGUGAUGUCACCAACCAAUAUAAUAAAACGAAAUUGGAAGACUACGAUCAAAAAGGGAGAUGUGUAAAGCAAGUUGUUGACAUUUUUGAAGUGUGGUUUAUUAUCCCUUGGAUACUGUUUUACAUUAGUGCAUCGCUAGAAACAGAUCAACUGCUGCUGUCGUGGAGGAAUGGAUCGAGUGGAAGUGAUCGUCACUAUGAUUUCUCCGAGAUUACGUUAAUGGUGUACAAUUUUAACCAAAUAAUCUUCCUUACAUUGGCAUACAUCGGCUCACAGUUAAUAAAUUGUGAACACAAGGAAUACCUUAAACAUUCACGAUAUGAACGACGUAACAAGCCCCAUACAGCAAGUAUUCAGGCUCACGCUAGGCUUACAAAGUUAGAGAAAGAUGACCACUACGAUUUUGUGCCACGAAUCUGGGGCUCUAGUAUCAAGGUCCAUUUAGACAGCCCAAUAUAUGUAUUGUUGUUGCUCCUUGGUAUUUUGUUCACAUUAAUGAAUGGCUUGAUCUCUGAAGAGAAUAACUAAUCCAUUUGCUUUUGUUUAGCUGUUAAGAUUUGCUAUAGUAUAAGUUUUUGCAGGAGCACAUGUGCUCCUGGUUUUUGUCAUUGAGUAGUAUAUGAUUUAUUUUUUGCAGGA